AUGCCCACCCCAGGUAGAUGUCUGGCCACGGCCGCCAAAAGCCUCAAGAAUACAUCGAUUGUCUCGCGCCGCGCCUUUGCCUCUAGCACAUCGAACCCGCUCGCCGCAUCCCGGAAUCCCACAGCGCUAAACACAACAUGUCUGAGGGAAUUGAAAAGAGCACAAAAUGGGGCUGGGAAGACUGCGAGCUGCCGCGGGCCUUCACGGAUGUUCUCGCAGUCCGCAUCGCGAAACAAGCUCAAGACAAUUGAUCAAAUCAAGGCAAGAAACAAGGGCGGGCCAUUCAACCUGACAGCUGCCAUUCUCUUUGUCGCCGCUGGUGGAGGACUAUGGGCGUAUUUCACAUACGAGAAGGAGCGCCUUGCACGGAAGCGGAUAGCGGAGCAGACCAAAGGCAUAGGCAAGCCCAAGGUCGGGGGACCGUUCCAGCUCGUGGAUCACAAUGGGAAUCCGUUCAGCAAUGAGGAUAUGCUAGGCAAAUACUCGCUGGUCUACUUUGGCUUCACUCAUUGUCCCGACAUUUGCCCCGACGAACUGGACAAAAUGGCCCUCAUGUACGACAAGGUCAAGGCUGAAUGCGGCAACGUUCUCCUGCCCAUCAUGAUCACGUGCGAUCCGGCGCGCGACAACCCCAAGGUUCUGAAGGAAUACUUGGCUGAGUUUCAUCCCGAUUUUAUUGGCCUGACGGGCGAGUACGAGCAAAUCAAGAGCACGUGCAAGGCAUAUCGGGUGUACUUUAGCACACCAAACAAUGUCAAGCCUGGACAGGACUACCUGGUAGAUCACAGCAUCUACUUUUACCUGAUGGACCCGGAGGGUGAUUUUGUAGAGGCUAUUGGCCGAAACUUUACGGCUGACCAAGCCGCAAAGGUCAUUUCCGACCACAUCAAGGACUGGGAAAAGCCGCUCAAGAAGGAAUCUCGGUGGGCGUAGCUAGAGUGGAAAAGGGACGAUGUACGAAUACAGUGACGGAAAACUUGUAUCAUACUCGUAGAUGAACUAUGUAUACUACUG